CGCGUAAUCAGUAAAUAAUUAGAUAAACCUUCGCAACCAUCAAUUUGACCUGGUCUACAACAUGUUGUCCGGAAGGAGUUUCCGAGAAGGGAAUAGGCAAUCAACCAAUAGCAGGCGAGUAAAUGACGUAGAUUUUAUACUCAAAAGAGCGUUGCGUAAGUGCCGCUCGCAUUCGCGUUACUCUUGCUUAACCCAACUUCUCUUCCUUUGCAAAUAUGGCAACGCUUGAAGAUAAAUCCUUGUGGGAAAAUGACGAAGCCGACGACGACAUUGAACUCGAGAUUCGCCGUCUGGUUCCUGAAGAAAUAAACAACAGAACCAGACUUUUGGAAAAUGAUAUCAAGGUGAUGAAGUCUGAAAUUGUGCGAUUGCAACACGAGCAAGCAGCCAUGAAAGAACGAAUCAAAGAUAACAAGGAAAAGAUCAAGAUGAACAAGCAACUUCCUUACCUCGUCGGUAACGUUGUUGAGCUUCUCGAUGUAGAUCCUGAUGAAGAUGAGGAGGAAGGUGCCAAUGUGGAUCUUGAUUCACGACGGAAAGGAAAGUGUGCUGUCAUCAAAACGUCAACGCGCCAAACUGUCUUCUUGCCUCUGAUCGGUUUAGUCGACCCAGAAACAUUGAAGCCUGGUGAUAUCAUUGGUGUCAACAAGGACAGCUUUUUGAUUUUGGACACAUUGCCACCAGAGUACGAUUCCCGUGUAAAAGCAAUGGAAGUGGACGAGAAGCCAACAGAAGAUUACAACGAUAUUGGUGGUCUGGAUAAGCAAAUUGAAGAAUUAGUGGAAGCCGUCGUUUUACCAAUGACACACGCCGACCGAUUCAAGAAUAUUGGCAUCAAACCUCCCAAGGGUGUACUUAUGUACGGUCCUCCCGGUACUGGCAAAACGUUACUUGCAAGAGCAUGCGCAGCACAAACCAACUCUGCCUAUCUCAAGCUUGCCGGUCCGCAGCUCGUACAAAUGUUUAUCGGUGACGGUGCCAAACUCGUACGCGACGCAUUCAACCUGGCCAAGGAAAAGGCACCAGCAAUCAUCUUCAUCGACGAAUUGGAUGCUAUCGGUACUAAGCGUUUCGACAGUGAAAAAUCGGGUGAUCGUGAAGUACAGCGAACCAUGUUGGAGCUGUUGAACCAGCUUGACGGUUUCUCAUCAGACGAGCGCAUCAAGGUGAUUGCAGCAACAAACCGUAUCGAUAUCCUCGAUCCCGCAUUGCUCCGGUCAGGACGUUUGGAUCGAAAAAUUGAAUUCCCCCUGCCAAAUGAAGAAGCACGAGCACGCAUUAUCCAGAUCCACUCCCGUAAAAUGAACGUCAACAAGGAUGUCAACUUUGAAGAAUUAUCUAGAUGCUGCGAUGAGUUUAACGGCGCUCAGUGUAAAGCUGUCUGCGUAGAAAGUGGUAUGUUGGCCUUGCGACGAGGCGCUGUGGAGAUUUCACACGAAGACUUUAUGGAUGCUAUACAAGAAGUACAGGCAAAGAAGAAAAUGUCGUUACAAUACUAUGCUUAACCUCCCUCUUUACAUGAAAAUCAAUAAAUCAUCAUCUGAAACCUCGUUCAACCAACGCAGUAGAUAACGCAAAAAAUAGCAAAUCCAUGUUCCGCGGCAAAUUUUCUUUUCUUCUCUCUUUUCUCUUUCACUCGUCAAACUAAGAAGUGUCAAAU